GUUAUAUGAUUGUAGCUGGCAAGAGCUGGCUAUAUGCCCCAAUCUUUCCAAUCUCUCUCUCUCUCUCUCUCUGUAUUUCUCUCUGUUUUUUCUCUUUCCAGUUCCAGAAAUUUCUCAUUCUCUGUCUCAAUGCGCUUUCUUCGGACUAACCAAUUUACUUUCCCUGCGUUCAAGGACAGGUUCUUGUGCAGUACGUAUUAGGGUUUUUGUAGUCCAGAAAGCAAAGUUAGAAACUUUCUAGGAAAGGAAGAAAGACUUAGUCUAGUGUUUGGGAAGUAAGAAAAAAUGAGCGCUUCGAGGUUCAUAAAGUGCGUCACGGUUGGUGACGGCGCCGUCGGCAAGACUUGCAUGCUCAUCUCCUACACCAGCAACACUUUCCCUACGGAUUAUGUGCCAACAGUAUUUGACAAUUUCAGUGCAAAUGUUGUUGUGGACGGGAGCACUGUUAAUUUGGGGUUAUGGGAUACUGCUGGGCAGGAAGAUUACAAUAGAUUAAGGCCAUUGAGCUAUCGAGGAGCAGAUGUCUUCCUACUUGCGUUUUCUCUCAUAAGCAAGGCUAGCUAUGAAAAUGUGGCCAAGAAAUGGGUUCCUGAAUUGAGGCAUUAUGCACCUGGUAUUCCAAUCAUUCUUGUUGGAACUAAACUUGAUCUGCGGGAUGACAAGCAGUUCUUUAUAGAUCAUCCUGGGGCAGUGCCCAUCACCACAGCUCAGGGGGAGGAGUUGAGGAAGCUGAUAGGGGCGCCAGUUUACAUUGAAUGCAGUUCGAAAACACAGCAGAAUGUCAAAGCAGUCUUUGAUGCGGCGAUUAAAGUGGUUCUGCAGCCGCCUAAGCAGAAAAAGAAAAAGAAGAGAAAGGCACAGAAAGCCUGCUCCAUAUUGUGAUUCUGAAUAGACUCGUGGAUGCAGCAGUUUGGUUUCAUAGUUUUGGACUGACAAUUCUAGGGGGCUCUCCUUCAGCAUCAACUGCUUCUUCUUUCCAGGCUGUUUUAUGAUUUGUAUUGUAUAUUAAGGAUUCACCACAUUGGAUUUGAUAGCAUUUCUUUGGGGUUUAGGAUUUUCCUAAUAUAUCCACUCUGAAAGUACUAGACUGUUUACUCCUGUAGGUCAACCUAUACUCAACCUGAGUUAGUACAAAUUCAGCUUUUAAGAAGCCCUUUGAAAAUGUCUCUCUAAUUUUUAAAUUGUUUCUAUGUAACCAUUUUCUAGAAGCUGAUUUUAGUAAUUUGAACAAAAGCUAAAGAUUUGUAAUCUAUUUCGUCCAUUUCUUUGGAGUCGGUCGAAUAAUAUUUUGCAUUUUUAUGA